GAAUAAUUAAUCCGAAAGUUGAAGACUACCUCUCCAAGAAAAAAAAAAAACAAGCACUCUAGACAGUAAAAUUUAGGCUAUAUAAUUUAGAAAACCAUAUACAUGUAGACUUUUAUUGCCGUUGGCUCAUUAGAAAACCUUAUCUUUUUGUGCACCGGUUCUCUCUUUCUCCAUCCUUUAUUUUGGUACCUCACCUUUUCUCUUGUUCUUCUUUCAAUUUCUCUCUUUCUAUCUCCUGCACAAAAUAGAAAGGAGAGACUCCUUCUGCAUAGUUUCAUGGAAAUGAAGCAGAAUUCAGUUAAGGCACCAAUUUGGGAACCUGUCGAACCUGCUGCUUCAACCAGAAGCAAAACCAAGUCCGUGGAAUAUGCAGAACUCUCCUCGGACAAGCAAACUUUUGAAGCGUCCCCAUUCGUGAUCAUUAGCGAAGUUCUAUCUGUUAUAUCUGCCUUCAUCUAUAUGCUCUUUUCGCUUCUUGUAUUCGCAGUUCGUUUCCUCACUGUUUAUCUAAAUGCUACAACCAAUUGGCUAAUGGAAACGACGGAGAAAUUAAACGCCAAGGGCAAGGAAAGAGAGAGCCACGUGAAUCGUGGAGAAUCCAACAACUUUCUGGAAGCUAGUUUCAGUGGGAAAGAUAAAGAGAAAAGGAACAAAGAAACCAAUAACCCUAACCAACAUGGCAACUACAAAGAGGAUCAAAGGAUCGAUGCUUCCACCAUUCAUGGCUGCGAAACUUCGAAUUCUGUUGAGCAUGGCUAUGCAAUUGAUAACUGCUUUAACAACUAUGGCGAAGGGGAGCAAGAUUACAGCUAUUGUGAGAUUAACAGUUCUUCAAGUAAAGAUUCCUAUAACAACCAUGAUUCGGGUCUACAAGAUCUUAGCAGUGCAAAGGUUUGGACUUCUACAAAUGAAGAUAUCUUUAACAACCGGAGCGUACACUCGCAAAGUUUCAGGAAUGCAAAGGUUGGAAAUUCUAAGGAGCCAAAAGCAAUUCGUCAUGCCUACAACAAUGGAAAGAAGGGAACCCAAAAGUACGAUGGUUAUACAUGUACUGGGUAAUAAUUCUGAAUGAACACCAAGAGAGAGAAAACGUAUGGGUAAUAAUCAUUUCUCAUUUAUAGGAGAGAAAUAAUAGUAUAUGUAGCAUUACAUCAUGCAAUUUAUUUAGCAUGUAUCUGAGGACUAUGUUUAUUGUUGGUAUGCAUGCUUUGGACACCAUAUAGAACUGUUUCAAGUUAAUAGCUAUAUGUUCUACUCUUCUUUCGCA